UUGCGUUUGUUUCCUUCGGAGCUCGCAUGUCCUGCAAGUGAAUGCAUGCAAUACACGAAUGUGAACUUUCUUCUGUCCAGACCAUCCUUAAGGGUUUCUUGUGUAGUCAAGAAAGGUGGUGAUGUUGGGGCAUCUAAUCAAGAUGGAAAGAACGUUAACGCUGAGGUUUCUUGCCAAUUGAUGCAUAGUCACAAAGAGGAGUCGUAUGAAAGAAAGAGAAGGCUGCAUGUGCCUCUACAGAAGGCAGACUUUGUGAGGACAUUGUUGAUUGACAACUAUGAUAGUUACACUUACAAUAUAUACCAGGAACUAUCUGUUAUUAAUGGUGUCCCGCCUGUGGUGAUCCAAAAUGAUGAGUGGACGUGGGAAGAACUUUGCCAUUACUUGUAUGAAGAAAAUGCUUUUGAUAACAUUGUAAUAUCACCUGGACCUGGUUCUCCAGCAUGCCCGGAAGAUAUAGGCAUUUGUCUUCAGCUGUUGCUUAAAUGCUGGGAUAUUCCUAUUCUUGGUGUUUGCCUAGGACACCAGGCAUUAGGUUAUGUGCAUGGAGCUCAAAUAAUCCAUGCAUCUGAACCAAUCCAUGGUCGUUUGAGUGAAGUUGAGCACAAUGGCUGCCAGCUUUUUCGUGAUAUACCUUCUGGCAGAAAUUAUGGUUUCAAGGUGGUUCGAUAUCAUUCACUGGUUAUAGAUUCUGAAUCACUUCCUAAAGAGCUCAUUCCAAUAGCAUGGACCUCUUCCACUAGCACACUUCCAUUUCUUGGGUCCAAAGAUUUAGGCAAGUCCAACGUUCAUGAAGCUCAAAAAGUUCAAAGCAUUUUCGUUGACCCUUUUUUAGAUAAAGUAGGAAAUGGAAGUUCAAACCAUUUUGAUUAUGGAAAUACCAGAAGUAGAAGAGUUCUUAUGGGAAUCCGGCAUUCUUCAAGACCACACUAUGGUGUGCAGUUUCAUCCUGAAAGUGUUGCAACCUGCUACGGAAGUCAAAUAUUCAAAAAUUUUAGAGAGAUUACAGACGAUUAUUGGCUGAGAUUUAGGUCAUCUUUCAAGGAAAAACAUGCAUAUUCUGAUGCAUGCAUGCAGCUUUCAAACGUAAUAGAGGUUUGCAGUAGUAUUAGUGCAGAGAACAAUGCAGUGGAUCAGUUAAAAAGAAUAGUUCAUGCAGAGAGACAUUUGGAAUAUAAUAAAACUGAGAUGAAGCAUUUAGAAAUGUUCAACAUGGUAAAUACUCAUCAUGCAACCACUGGUUAUAAAUGUUUGAAGUUGAAAUGGAGGAAAUUUGGUCACUUGGCUGGUCAAGUUGGUGGAGCAGAAAGUAUAUUUUGUGAGUUGUUUGGACAUGAAACUGAAAACACCUUUUGGUUGGAUAGUUCCUCCACAGAGAAGGAAAGAGCACGCUUUUCAUUUAUGGGAGGAAAAGGCGGACCGCUUUGGAAGCAGUUAACGUUCAGAUUGUCUCAUCAAAGUGACGGGAGUUCAAAAGGCGGUGGUUAUUUGUCAUUGGAAGAUUGUCAAGGUUCUUCGGAAACGAUAUUUUUGAAAGAAGGUUUUCUUGAUUUUCUGAACAAGGAGCUUUUAUCAUAUCGUUAUGAUAAAAAUGAAUAUGAAGGCCUACCAUUUGACUUUCACGGUGGAUAUGUUGGUUACAUUGGGUAUGACCUCAAAGUAGAAUGUGGUGUCAAAUCUAACCUUCACAAAUCUAAAACUCCAGAUGCAUGUUUUUUCUUUGCUGAUAAUCUUGUGGUCAUUGACCACAAAAAUGACGAUGUUUACAUAUUGGCUAUACACGAAGAAAGUUCAAGUGUUACACAGUGGUUGGACGACACAGAGGAGAAACUUCUGAGCUUAGACGGCUCUGUGAAAAUGGCUUUGGGAAAACAGAACUCUCAUUAUUUAACACUUUCCUCAAACAAGGCUGGUUUUGCUGCUGAAAAAUCUAGAGAGCAGUACAUUGAGGAUGUUAAGAAGUGUCUAAACUACAUUAAAGAUGGAGAAAGCUAUGAGUUAUGCCUCACAACUCAGAUGAAGAAGCCAAUUAAGGAAUUAAAUUCUCUUGGGCUGUAUCUGCAUUUGAGAGAAAGGAAUCCAGCACCAUAUGCUGCUUGGCUUAAUUUUUCAAAGGAGGACCUGUGUAUUUGCUGUUCUUCUCCCGAGAGGUUCCUGCAGUUGGAUAGGAAGAAUACACUAGAAGCUAAGCCCAUCAAGGGUACAAUAGGUCGUGGUGCUACCAAAAAGGAAGAUGAACAGCUGAAAUUAAAAUUACAGUUCAGCGAAAAGGAUCAGGCUGAAAACUUGAUGAUUGUCGACCUUCUAAGGAAUGACCUUGGUCGUGUAUGUGAUCCUGGUUCUGUUCAUGUGCCGCGUCUCAUGGAUGUGGAAUCAUAUGCAACCGUUCACACAAUGGUGAGUACAAUUCGUGGGAAGAAGCGGUCAGAUGUCAGUGCUGUAGACUGUGUCAAAGCUGCAUUUCCCGGUGGUUCAAUGACAGGUGCACCCAAGUUAAGAUCAAUGGAAAUUCUUGAUUCUAUUGAGAGUUGUUCACGAGGUAUCUACUCAGGCUGUAUUGGAUUUUUCUCAUACAAUCAGACAUUUGAUCUCAAUAUUGUCAUAAGAACUGUCAUUCUACAUGAGAGUGAAGCCUCAAUAGGGGCUGGAGGGGCGAUUAUUGCUCUCUCAAACCCUGAAGACGAGUAUGAAGAGAUGCUCUUGAAAACAAGAGCCCCAUCAAGGGCUGUGAUGCAUUUUGAUUAGAGCUCAAUAGGUCAAACAAUAGCCUUUUCUUUGUUGGUCAAAGGUCAGAGACAAUAAGAUUCAUUUCAUCCUACUAAUCGUUAUAUAUUUUCAUAAAAUUGUAAAGAAUGUUGUAAUAUAGCAAGGUUUAUUUGUAAUUUUGGUUAGAAAUCCAUUGGUUUUCUUUUCAAA